AUGGAUUUCUCACCUACUGCUGAUAAAUGGAAAUGUUGCUGUUGCCUUUUACCACAAGGUCUUCAAAUUUUAGCUUCUAUAGAAAUUAUUAUAUUUUUAUCAACAUUUGUCAUUACAUUAUCAUAUACUAUUUCAUCACAACAAAUGAGUACACAAGAUAUUAUACUUAAUUAUUCUUUUUUAUUUGUACUAGGCUUUUUUACUAUAUCAUCUAUAUUACUUAUAAUUGGUAUAAGAAAAAUUAUUCCACCACUUUUAUAUCCAACAAUCCUUGCACGGAUAUUACUAAUAAUUUUUGUACAAAUUUUUGGUGUUAGUAUAACACUUCUAACAAAUGAAAACUUUGAUGAUGAUGAAAUGGAUUAUGCAAUGAAAAAUGAUUAUUAUAAUAAUAAAAAUAUCUAUAAAAACAAUAAACAAUUUAUUGCCGUAAGAUUUGUUGGAUUUGUAUUUUUGUUUAUAUUUAUAACAGUUGCAUUGAUAUAUACAAUAUUCAUUGUUGUUCGAGCUUUAAAAUAUGUUGAUGGAUAUAGUAAAUUACUAAGAAGGCGAUCAUCUUUAGUAACAGCUGAGGCUAUCAGUGAUAAUAUGAUUGCUCAACAUUACAGAAUUGAAAAUUUAAUUAAUGAAGCUACUAAAGAAAAUGGUAGCAAAGAAUAG